CUUAUAUUGCUUUAUUAUCCAGCGGCAUAAAUGUUUCGUUGUCAGAUCUCACUUCUGCAUAUCUGUCAUCAUCCACAUCGCACACUGUCGAAGUAUUGGCCCGUGCGAUCAUUCGGGCACCCACUACAAUCUCACGGUGAGUACGUUGUGCACAUAAUGAACGAGUGGUACCUAGACGCCGCCAACCACUGCAGCGGGAACUUCGCAUCGGAUACGAAUGAACAAUCAGUGGCCGGUUUGACUCCCACAGCCUCCAAAGUAGUCAAACCACCACGCAUACAAGAAUCAGCUUUUCACAUGGAGUGCAAGCUUGUGGAUACGUACGAGGUUCCGGACAGAAAGACGGGGCAAGUCAAUGCCACCAUGGUAAUAGGAGAGGUGGUGAUGUUCCAUGUAAAAAUGGAGGUUGCGAGUGAGUCACCGAGUGGCUCUCUAGUCGUGGAUAUCACAAAAGGUUACAAGCCGAUGAGCAGAUUGGGUGGGAAUAUGUAUGGCACCGUAGGCGAUAUUGUGGAUAUACCUCGACCCAAAGUAUAGUGGGAGACGAAAACUCAUACAUAUGCAAUUGUUUUGUAGGGGGUGACAUCUUAUACACGAUACAGAUUAUGCUGCGAGUACUCCAAUACAUGUACGCAUUAGAGCGUAUUUAUAUACCUCUUGACACAUACGUCGUAUAUUAAGUUCGCCGUAAACUAUCACAAGUGUAGGGAGCUAAGAUGCGUCUAAAAUAUACAAGCAAGAGUAUUCACUUGCUUAUAGGAUGUUACGUCUGUGAUCAUCCUCUUAGGAGUAUCCUUCUUCUCGAAGUUAUUAACUUUGAGGAAAGCAUUAAUAACACAUUCCCCGAAGUCUCGUACACAAGUUUAGUGCACCCGGUUCUUGACAAUUUCUAUUCGACCUCAACCAAACUCUAUUUUGUGUCGUGCGAUAUCAGAUAUCGAUAUGUACCUAUGAAUACUGC